UCCUCAGUAUCAUCUCAUCUGCUCUACCUAUAAUUUGUAGUUUCUCAUAUCACUCUCGAGAGCUAGCUAGCUUGAAGAAUAAUCGAUAUUCAAAGACGAUGGAUAUUGGUGCAAGUAGUAUAUUGAUGGUGGCGUUGGCAUGCGUCGUGAUGUAUGUUGUUGUGGGUUCACUGCAAGCAAGAAGCAAUAAGCUUCCACCGGGACCUUCCCUUGUAACCAUAAUGAGAAACUCUUUCGAGUUGUACCAAAAGCCACAACAGACAAUGGCUAAGCUUGCAAAGUUGUAUGGGCCAAUAAUGCGUUUGAAGAUAGGGCAAGCAACGACCAUUAUAAUCUCUUCAGCAAAUGCGGCAAAAGAGAUCCUCCACACCCACGAUGCGUUAUUCUCAGACAGAACAAAUCCUGAUAUAACAACAGCUUACAACCACAACAACUAUAGCCUUGUGUUUCUCCCAUAUUCCCCCUUAUGGCAAGAACUGAGGAAAAUAUGCCAUGGCAACUUGUUCUCCAAAAAGACCCUUGACGCAAGCCAAGACCUUAGGCGCAAGAAACUUCAAGGACUCCUCAAUGAUAUCCGUGAAAGCAGCCUUAAGGGUGAAGCAGUGGAUGUUGGAAGAGCUGCUUUCAUGACUUGCAUUAACUUUCUAUCCUACACUUUUGUCUCUCAGGAUUUCGUUGAGUCUCUAGGGAACGAGGAGUACAAGCACGUUGUGGGAACUCUCUUGAAAGCAACUGGGACACCUAACUUGGUGGAUUAUCUACCAAUGUUGAGGAUGUUUGACCCACAAGGCAUUAGAAGGCACACCACUAAUUACAUUGACAAGUUGUUCCACAUCUUGGACCCCAUAAUUGACGAAAGGAUUAAGCUCAGAAAUGGGAAGCACUAUGUCACAAACAACGACAUGUUAGACAUCUUGCUUCAAAUUUCUGAAGGGGAUAGCCAGAAGAUGACUAGGAAACAGAUCAAGCAUUUAUUCCUGGAUCUUCUUGUUGCGGGGACUGAUACAACAGCAUAUGGAUUAGAAAGGACAAUGACCGAACUAAUCCACAACCCGGAGGCAAUGGCAAAGGCCAAAAAGGAGUUGGAGGAAACGGUUGGAAUAGGUAAUCCGGUUGAGGAAUCAGACAUCGGAAGACUUCCAUAUUUGCAAGCAGUGAUAAAAGAGAGUUUGCGUUUACAUCCACCAGCACCACUUUUGCUCCCUAGGAGAGCCAAGAUAGAUGUGCAAGUGUGCGGCUACACAAUCCCAAAGGGUUCCCAAGUCCUUAUCAAUGAGUGGGCUAUUGGUAGGAACCCAAACAUAUGGGAUAAUGCACAUGUUUUUUCACCCGAAAGGUUCUUGGGUUCCGACAUUGACGUCAAAGGUCACAAUUUUCAGCUCACCCCAUUUGGCAGUGGUCGUCGUAUAUGCCCUGGCUCCCCUCUUGCUAUUAGAAUGUUGCAUUUGAUGUUGGGUUCAUUGAUAAACUCUUUUGAUUGGAAGCUUGAAAACAAUCUCCAUCCAAAAGACAUGCACUUGGAUCAACCCCUCCGAGCUAUUCCACUCUUGGUCAACGACACUUCAAACCCUAGAUAAUAAUAUUGUCUUUUUUCUUUUUUUUUUUUUAUCCCUCUUUAUUACAGCUUAGCUACUAGCUAGCUAGAUUCAGCACUACCUCUGUACCUUGAUUUACAUUUAUAAAAAUUAACGAUAAUUAAUCUGC